GCUAGACCAUCUUUUUUUUCAGAUGCUGCAAUGAUCACCAGGCAAUAUAUUAUCUUGGUUCUGUGGAUUCUUCAUUGUGAAGGGAAACGUGGCAUUAAAGAAGAGUCUUUAAUCCAGAUUGCAUUUGCCAAUGAACAAGUUAAUGCAAGCUGCAAAGCUACCUUCCCUUAUACAAAAGAAUAUACCCAUUUCAAAGUUAGUUACUAUCGGAUUGACUCAAAAGGCGAAGAAAUUACAAUGAUUAAGAGGGAUAUCUCUGAAACAAUUCCGCAAGGAAUGAUGAACCAAACAACGAGAAAGAUUUAUAAACUUCCCAUCCAACCUGAUAAGCACAACUCUGUUACUGGUACCUACUACUGCAAAGCUGAGUGGCAAAAUUCAGAAGCAAGCAAUGGAAAUGGGACAUUUAUCCUUUUCAGAGACAAAGGAUAUGAAGAGCCCCCUCAUAUUGCAUGGAUGUCUCUCAUCACCUUUAUCAUUAUUCUGGCUGUUCUGAGCAUCAUGGGAACAACUCUGCUGUUCUGGAAGAGAGAGGUGGUGUGGUCUAGGAGGAGUCAUGCCAAGAAGUGCCCAGAUCAGGGGCCAGCAGCUCAACAAGCUUCAGGCAACUUGGAGCCUCCUGAAUCCACAUACAUGGCGUUAAAACCCCAUCAAUCUGACAUCUAUGCCUCCAUUGAGAAUGAGGCAAGUAGAACCACCACACACAGAAACACUCCUACAGCAGAGGUGUCCGGGCGGAAAGCAAAAGGAGAAAUCCAAGAUUUGUAUGAAAACAAUAUCACAGAAGUGUAUGAGAACCUCUAAGGAGAAAGACUGCACUGCAAAUCAUACCUUGCUUCCCAGCCCCCCCCCAAAAGGGGGGGGUCUAAAUUCCCACUGUUGUUAAACAUUGAAAAAGUAAACUGUUGCAAGGCAGAAAUAUUUACUGAUCUGGAGACAGAGCAAUAGACUGGGAAGUUGUCCAGAAUAGCCAAAUAGAGUUUCUACACAACCAACUAAACUGUGGCAUUAAUUUCUUUCUGGUAAACAGAAUCUGCUAAUAAAGUGGGCAUAAGAGCAUGAAGAAAGAACAAAACCUCAGCUUACCAUGAUUUGUGAAGUCUCGUUUAGAGGGCAGUACUUUGAAUGGAGCUCCUGAAAACAGUAUGCCCUUAUAAAUCCAAGAAGGGUAUCUUCAAAGUUGCACAGGCUGUUGAAUGCACUUGUCUUGGUUUACACUGGCUUUAUUGCACACGAUGACCAAUUUGGUGAGGGGAUUUAGGAUGCUGUUUAGGAUGUCACUGUAUUUUUUAAAAGAUGUAUUUAUUUCACCAUUUACAACAGGGAUGGAAACUACUGGCUUAUGGGCCAAACCUGGCCCACACUGCUCUAUCCUGGCCCACACUGUCCUGACUUCCCAAAGAAGAGUGCGGAGAAGAAACCGCAUGGUUUUCUCUGACCAGCCAUCCAGUGAUAUCUAUGGAGAUUUCCUUGUAUGCAGUUUGCCUUUCCAAUUGUCACAAUAUAUGAGACUCAACAACAUAAAGGUCACAUAUAUGAAUCCUCCAUCCCUUGGAUCCCCUUCCCUUAUGGGAUCUAGAGUUUAUUAUCUGGCUGAAAAAGAAAACAAGUUCUGCAGAAGGAUCUAUUCUAUGGGUUCCAGACAGUGUCAGGAAGGAGGCAUAAGAUAGGUCUGGAUUCCCAGCUCUGAGGUGAAAAUGAGUGUUGUAGCUCACAAGCAGAACUUGGACCCCAUACCAGUGACCCUUGCACCCAACACAGAAGGAACUGUCUUGGCUGCUCUCCAAAGCAACCUCAGAGAUGGAUGAAAGGAGAAGGGGAGAAAAAAAGGUGGGAGCAGCCAGGAUACAAGUUACCAGCUCUUGGGCAGCUGCUCUGGCCUCUUUUGCUUGCUCUCUGAAAUGAAAAUAGCAAUCUAAGCAUAAUUGAAAAAGGGAGCAUCUUGACUGGAUAGCACCCUGGAUUGCACCCUAAAUCUACUGUCUGAUCCGAUUUAAGCAGUGAACAAAAACAUUUGGGCUACCACGCCUUAGAUUUCAGUUAUAAAAUCAGAUCACUCAUCAUCAUCAUCAUCAUCAGUUUCAACAAAGAGUUUAAGAUAUUGUUUGUGUGCAUGAACCAAAGAAAAUUGUUAUCAUUUGUCAACCUACAGGAAUUAACUGAAGUAAAAGGAACAAGUAAAUUAUAUGCCUUGAUUAAUUUCUUCAUGAAAUAGUCAUCUGCUUUUUCAUUUUAAUUUUUUUACAACAUAA